AUGCGAAUAUUAUGUAAAUUUUUACCAGAAAAAUUCGAUCAUCUACAAUAUUUCAUUGCACCUAUGUCUUAUACACCAAUGAAAAAUGAUCAAAAAGCAAUAGAAGUCAAAAAUAAACAGUAUAAAACUAUACAAGAAGCAAAACGUCUAUGGCUUAUUAUUGCUUUAUAUGCCUAUGACAUUAAACUACAAGACUAUGAAAACCAAUAUCAAAAUAAAUUUGUAGAAUUGAAAUCAUCCUUAUCAAAUAGUAUCAUGAUUGAUAGCUCAUCUAUUGUUGAGCAAAUUACAGAAUAUAUGAAUUAUCGAACAAAUAAAUUAAAACAGGAUAUUUAUAAAAAAGUAUUAUCUUCUCGACGAAUAUUACUCCAAAUUCGUCAACAUUCAUCAUCAUCAUCGAGAAAAAAUAUCAUUGGUGUCUCACCUGAACCAUAUCUUGAUCUGAUGUCGAAUCCAUUCAAAACACGUCAAUGGAAUGAUCUUUCACUUGGCCCUUCUUGUAUACGAUUAAACCGAAGUGCUAUUCGUUCUCGACAUCAACAAGAAAUUCAAAUGGAAAAUGAACAUAAAAAAAUUAAUGAUAAAGUUCAACAUCAUCUUAUAUCACCACCACAUAAUAUACCAUUAAAAUCAUUGGUUCUAAAAAUAUAUUCAAAUGAUCUUCUUAAUUAUUUUAAUCAUUUUUAUUUUGUUCCAUUAUCAUAUAAGGAUCAAGUACGAACGGUAGAACAAGCAAAAACUGCUGCAUCAAUUCGACGAAAAAUUGAAAAAUCUGAUCUAAUUCUUCGUACUACUGAAAAGGGUUAUAAUUUUUAUGUUGGUUCAAAGAUUGAAUUUGAGAAAAAAGAUGAUAUACCAGUUCGACCUAUUGAAAAUACGAUUAUGGCUCCAACAACAAAUAUAUCAAAUUUCUUAGACGAAAUCAUACGCCCAAUAUUCGAUAAUAAAUGUAGUACAACAAGCACUAUUAAUGGUGCAUCUUUAAUAAAAAAACUUAAACAAUACGUUGAAAGAGGUCUUUUAAAACCAACAACUCUUUUUUGUACGUUUGAUAUUCGUAAUUUAUAUACCAUGUUACCACAAGAAGAAGCGUUGAAUCUACUUGUCGAAUUUCUUCAUGUUCACGGUUAUAAGAAAGUCAAAGGAAUUCCACUUGAUGCAAUAAGAAAAUUAGCUUCCAUAAAAAAAAUUUAUAGACAAGUUCUUGGUGGUGCAAUAAGUUCAUCAUUUACAUUAACAUUAGCCAAUAUUUUCAUGUGGAAAUGGCAAAAAGAACUUGUUCGUCGACAAGAUAUGACAACUGAAUUUUAUGGCCGAUAUAUUGAUGAUAUUUUUAUGACAUGGAAUAAAUUGGAAAAAGCAUUGAAAGAUUUAUUAGACGAAGCCAAUACUUGGCAUCCAAAUAUUAAAUUAGAAUAUAAAAUUAGUAAAAGACUACCAUUUCUUGAUGUUGUUCUUAGGAAUGAUGCUGGUAUUCUAUCAACAUCUUUGUAUCAUAAGCCAACAGCUCAACCUUAUGUUGUACCAUUUAUUUCUGAUCAUCCUCGGCACACAUUCGUCAAUGUUAUACACACUAGUCUUGCACAUGCUAUAACAUAUUCAUCCACCUUUGACAUAUUUAAUAAUGAACGAUGCCAUAUUAAAUUAACUCUAUUAUUGAAUGGGUAUCCAUCGUCAUUUAUUGAGAAGCAAUAUCGAAAAUUUUUCGACGAUUAUAUAUCACCAACAUCGUUUUUACCCUCUAUUGAUAAUGAAAAAACAUUUUUUCUUAUGCGCAACAAAUUGCUAGAACAACCAACCGAUUUACAAUCACAGGUGGCAUUGAGUGCAGCACAAGCUAAUAUUCAUAAUGAAUAA